GACGAAACGGUCUCUUAGUGUGACUGCCUUCCCGUUGAAAGAUUUUAUCACAGGCAUAUUUAAAGGGCAUUUCAGUGUUAAACUGUAACUAGUGAGGUAGUAUGCAGGGAAAUUUAAUUGUUUUGGCAUUUAUACAAACAGAAGGAUGCAAUCCAAGAGAGUCUAUGGUUGAAACCUGAAAAGGUGCAUUGUUUUUUUGACCGUCCUGAGUACAUUUAUGAAAUGUACAGAAUAUUUUUAAUAUGGAACACACAGAAGUGGAUAAUGUUUCAAGAACAUUAAUGUAUCAUGUGGAACGGCCUGUAUACAAUGAAGAUUACAUUGAAACCCAUCUGCUUCAAAAAAAGUCGAAGAAACCAAAAUCACUAAGACAAGUUUUACUUAAACACCUUUGCUGUUCUUCCAAAAGAUUAAAAUCAAUUGUUUUUAGUUUCAUUCCCAUUCUGACAUGGCUGCCUUCUUAUCCAAUAAAAAAAUAUUUAUUGGGAGAUGUCAUUUCUGGAAUAAGCACUGGAGUAAUGCAGCUCCCUCAAGGUCUGGCAUAUGCAAUGCUGGCGGCUGUGCCACCAGUUUAUGGUCUUUAUUCAUCAUUUUAUCCGGUCUUUCUCUACACUUUCUUUGGAACUUCAAGACACAUUUCUAUUGGUACAUUUGCUGUGAUCAGUUUAAUGAUUGGAGGCGUCGUGGUACGUGAAGCUCCAGAUGCAAUGUUUGAUAUUACAGCUGGUAAUGAUACUGAUGUCACUGUCCUGCAAGCUAGAACAGAAGCUCGUGAUGCAAUGAGAGUUAAAAUAGCAGCAGGUGUUACCUUGCUAGCUGGAUUGAUUCAGUUUUGUCUUGGCUUACUUCGAUUUGGUUUUGUUGCCAUUUAUUUGACGGAGCCUCUGGUGCGUGGAUUUACAACUGCUGCUUCUGUGCAUGUCCUUCUAUCUCAGUUAAAGUACCUCUUUGGAAUAAAAACAAGUCGGUUCAGUGGACCUUUCUCUGCUAUAUAUAGCGUUGUUGCACUGGGGUCAAAUAUUAAAACAACAAAUGUAGCUGCCCUUAUUGUGGGUGUAAUUUGUAUAAUUUUACUUGUGGCAGUAAAAGAAAUUAAUGACCGGUUUAAACAGAAGCUGCCAGUUCCUAUUCCAGUGGAAAUUAUAGUGGUGAUCAUAUCAACAGGUGCAUCAUAUGGUCUAAAUCUGUCUGAUACCUAUGGAGUUGACAUUGUAGGAAAUAUACCUACUGGGUUGCUUCCUCCAGCUCUACCAGAUUUUGGCUUAAUCUCUUCUUUGCUUAUGGAUUCUGUUGCUAUUGCAAUUGUAGGAUUUUCAAUGUCAAUAUCCAUGGCAAAAAUUUUUGCUAUCAAACAUGGAUACAAAGUUAGUGGCAAUCAGGAGCUCAUUGCUUUAGGUUUGUGCAAUUGUGCAGGAUCAUUUUUCCAUACAUUUGCAGUCACGUGUUCAAUGUCCAGAAGCUUAGUCCAAGAAAGCACAGGAGGGAAAACACAGAUUGCAGGCUUAUUGUCAUCCCUUGUGGUUUUACUAGUUAUUGUGGCAAUAGGAUACCUGUUUGAACCUUUACCUCAGACAGUACUGGCUGCUAUUAUUAUGGUAAAUUUGAUGGGAAUGUUUAAACAGUUCAGAGAUAUCCCAUCCUUCUGGAGAAGCAGCAAGAUAGAACUGACAAUUUGGUUGGUGGCAUUCAUUGCAUCACUUCUCCUGGGACUUGAUUAUGGAUUGUUGGUGUCUGUUGGCUUUGCAGUCCUAACAAUUGUCUACCGAACCCAAAGACCAAAAUGUAGAAUUCUUGGCCAGAUCCCACAAACAGAUCUGUAUUGUGAUGCUGAGGAGUUUGAAGAGGCUGUUGAAAUUCCUGCUAUUAAAAUAUUCAGUGCAAACUGUCCACUAUAUUUUGCAAACAGCAAUAUGUACAUGGAUACCUUGAAAAAAAUGACAGGAGUAGAUCCAGCUGAGUUGCAGGCUGCAAUGGAAACUAAGAAAAAAGGUGAAAAGAAAAUGAAAGAAAAACAGAAAAAGACCGCUGACCAGAAAAGAAAAGCAAUUGUUAAACUUGGACUGAUUCCCUAUUCGUUAAGUGGCAGUGCGGUAAAGCUGACCAAAGAUAUGGAGAUGAGUGUCAAACAUGAACUUGUGGAUGAAGGAAUCCAUGAAGACAUUCAGAGCAAUGGCCAGUGCGCCAAAGAAGAAAAUCACUGUUUAGAAACAGAUGAAACACAAAUCUUUUUGGACUCACUCACUCAUAUUCAUUAUAUUAUCCUGGACUUUACUCCUGUCAUCUUUAUAGAUUCAGUUGGCACAAAGACACUUAAAUCUAUUAUAAAAGAAUAUAGUGAAGUUGGUGUUACCGUCCUAGUCGGAGGGUGCAGAGAAAGUGUACUAACUGACCUUAACAAAUUUAAUUUUUUUGAAAACUCCGUGACCAGAGAGCUUUUCUUUCCAACAAUACACGAUGCUGUUCUGUACUGCAGAGAUAAAUACUGUGCUUUCUCACCUUGAGGAACUGUCAGUAGAUUCUGGACAAGAGCUGAUCCUAGUGUGGUCCUUCAAAGGCAAAGACGACUGGGAAGAUUUCACAGAACUGUUGAUGCCUAUUUGGUAGAUUUUUGCCAACAUUGUUUUUAUUUUUUGAAGAGGUUUUUUAAAUAUUAAUUUAAAAAAAAACAAAGUGUUUUGGUAAAGGGCUGUGUGUGACAAGAACAUUCCAAAUUGAACAAUACCGCUCAGCUUUUCAUUUUUUGAAAUAUUGCAAUGUGAUGAAGCCGUGUGUAGCACACUGGAAUGAACGGAGGUGGCAAUUUCAAGAUGUUUAUAAUACUAAUGGGGGGGGGGGGGGCAGUCAUUUUUCAUAGUCCACAUCUGUGUGAAUGACAGCCACGUCUCAGAUAGUCGAGUCCUUUGUGUUUCACAACUAAAAACCGUGACUGAAUUCAUUUUGAAAUGUGCCUUGGGAAUUCCUUCCAUGUGCGUUUUGUGCACUUUGCCAAUUAUUCAUCCUGAGUGGGGAAAACAAUACUUGUGGUGUGAUGGGAAUUAAUUAUUUGUGUUUCUGCAGAAGAAAAUGAAUCAAUAGAUUCCAAAGUUUUUGACUAGUGUUACUGGAAAUUUAAGUUAUUAAAACACUUUGCCAUAGCCUUAAAACUUUCUUGAACAAUAGAAGUUUUUAUUUUUUAAAAUAAAACUAUUUGUAGAAUUUUAGAAUAUUUAUGUUUUCAAGUUCUUUAUUUAUUUUCUUGUACAAAUGGUAGAUAUAUGGGGAAACGUGCAACUUUAUAAAAAUAAUAAAUAGUUCAUUAUUCCUAGCUAUUGUGGAAAAAGCAGUCUAGUAAUUGUUUUACUUUUACAGGAAAAUAAUCAAUGAACUGUUGAAUUCAGAACUGAUUCAUUAAAUCAAUGUUAAUUUCAUGCUAAUUCACAUAAUAAAUAUUUAUUUUAACAAUAGAAAAAAGAUUAUCAGCUUUAUAUUAGGUAAUUCAAGAUCUGGAGAAUGCAAAUUCAUGACAGAUUUUUGUACAAAAUAUAAGAUUUACUUGUGGUCAGUGUGCAGCACUGUGUAUUCUAUUUUUAUGUGGCAUGUAAUAUUUAUAACAUCUCGUUCUCUCAGUGUGUCAGGCUAAAGACUGUAUUUUUAUAAAGCAAGAUCCAUAGUUAUUUUCUAUUUAACUGUAGAAAGAAAACACAAUGUGAUUUAUGACUAAUUAAAAUUAACUUGGUUUUUUUUAUCCCAGCCAAAUAAAGUUAAUGAUUUUAUUUUU